UCCCCUACUUCUCCCACCUCCACCGGCCAAAGCUAACGAUCACAAAAAAUAAGAAAUUAACCACCAAUAUAUAUACAAGCGCGCUCAUCAUUCAAGCGUCCUCCAAAUUUGCAUUGAACAAUUUCAGGCAACAUUAAUUCAUGAAAUGGUACGUCUAAUUUCUGAACAUGGCAGCCACCAGUUUGGCUCGGUGCCCCUAGCAAUCGGCUUGCUUAUCUCGGUUGCGGCUAUGGUGGCUUUGUGUGCCAAACAUUCGCGCCGUUCUUCAGCAAUUUCAACUAAGUCACCUCUGGCGUCCCCCAAGAAGCUCGUGACAACUAUCAGUAACCAGGCAAAUCCAAUCACGUACAAGAAAAAAGGUGGUGAUGAAUCUGAAGCUGAUAUUGGUGCUCGAGUACUACCGGAGGGAGGCUUUGGAGAAGGUGGCUUGUGGCAGAAAGGGAUCUUGAUGGGUGAGAGAUGCCGGCCACCGGAGUUUUCUGGAGUUAUUCAUUACGAUAGUUCUGGGAACAAGCUUUCUGAGCCGCCGCCAAGGUCGCCAAGGGCCAGUCCCUUGCCAAGUUUCUUGUUUCCUGAGGCUAAAGGUGCAAACUAGUGGCUCCUCGAUCUCUAUGUACACAUUUGCUACGUACAGUAAAACUACUUUCUUGUACAAACUAGUGGCUCCUCGAUCUCUAUAUAGUUGUUGUCUUGUUGAAGUUAUCUUUGCUUAUGCUAAAUUCCAAUUAAACUUGGUCCUUCUUUGGUUUGAAA